GCGCCGCCCGCCUGUCCGUCCGUCCGUCCGUCCGUCCGUCCCCGCGCCAGGCCCGGGCGUAGCCAGCCGAGAGUCUCGCCGCCCCGCACGGUGUCGGGGGUGGGGUGGGAGGGACGGACAACAUGGCUGAUGACUUCGGCUUCUUCUCGUCGUCCGACAGCGGGGUCCCCGAGACGGCGGCGGCGGCGGUGGCGGCCGAGGAAGACCCGGCGGCCGCCUUCCUGGCCCAGCAGGAGAGCGAGAUCGCCGGCAUCGAGAACGACGAUGAGGAGGCCUUCGGGGCACCUGCCGCAGGCCAGGUGUCCUCGGCCCAGCCCGGACCCACGGGGGGCGCAGGUUCUGAAGAGAUGGGGACUGCGGUCAAUGGCGAUGUGUUUCAGGAGGCUAAUGGCCCUGCAGAUGGCUAUGCUGCAAUUGCCCAGGCGGACCGACUGACUCAAGAGCCAGAGAGCAUCCGCAAAUGGAGGGAGGAACAGAAGAAACGCCUGCAAGAGCUGGUCUUCUCCCUCCACAGGGCAUCUGAAGAGGCUUUUGUGAAGGAAUCCAAGGAGGAGACCCCCGGCACAGAAUGGGAGAAGGUGGCUCAGCUGUGUGACUUCAACCCGAAGAGUAGCAAGCAGUGCAAAGACGUGUCGCGGCUGCGUUCGGUGCUCAUGUCUCUGAAGCAGACGCCGCUGUCCCGCUAGGUGCCCGCUGGGUAGCUCGGCCAUAGAGUAUAAGCUGUCAAGGGCCAGAGGAGAAGCAGUUGCUUGGGGCCACGGGGAAGUUCUUCCCCUGGCAGCUGCUGGGCACAGCUGGUUUGGUUCCUCUCCAUCUCCUAGGAUCGGGAAGGGGGGGUCCCCCAUCCCUCUCUCCUUUCUGGCCCUCAUGCCUCCCCCCAAGUCCGAUCAGUUGUGACUGUCCUUCCUGACGGUUUUUUUUUUUUUUCCUUCUUGGCUUAAAGGGUGUGUUGUUAACUCUUUU